AAGUCUGAUUCACACAUGUUAGCUAUUUUUCAGGUAAACGAAGGAGUCAGUGUGACAAGAACAUGGCGAUCUCCAUAUGUAGGACGUUGAAAUACCUUCAACCGACAACGUGUCAGAAUAUAAAGUGCGCCGCGGCGCUGCUGCCGCAGCCGCUGUUGGUUCCGAUCCGCACAAAGAAGCGCUACUUCAUUCCUCCAGCGGUGAAUGUGAAACAGAAAAGCCAAAGCGAGCAGGAGACUAAAGCCCGGGCUGCUGGUGUGGUGGUCCGGCAGCAGUACAUAGAGAGAGCCAUCAACAUCUCAUGCACAGCGGGCAUCUUUGAUCCGUACGUUCCUCCUGAAGGAGAUGCACGCCUCUCCACGCUGUCCAAAGAAGGUCUGAAGCAGCGCACAGAACAGCUGCGUCAGAGCGCAGCAUCACAGCUGGCGUUUCGUAAAAUCAAGGACCACGACCCCGAGUUCUCCACUAAAGAGUUCCCAGCACUAGCUCAGCAAAUGUUCAUAGAUGCUCAUGCAGCACUCACACAAUUUAACAAAGAAAAGCUUCAUUCUUUGGUGACCGAGAGGUGUUACCCUGAGAUGGUUCGGGGGAACCGUUAUAAGACUCUGCGCUGGCGCUUCAUCGAGUCACUGGAGCCGCCGCGGGUGGUCCAUGCAAGGUGUCCUGACAUGAUCAGCAAGGGCAACCUGUACGGUCAGGUGACUCUCCGUGUGCAUUCUAGACAGACAUUGGCAAUCUAUGACCGCUUUGGUCGGUUGAUGCUUGGGGAUGAAGAUGAACCCAGGGACGUCCUGGAAUACCUAGUGCUGGAGAGGCAUCUGGUCAACCCCUAUGGGCGCUGGAGACUCCAUGGCAAGAUUGUUCCAGCAUGGGCUCCACCAAAAGAUCCCAUUAUUAAGACUGUCGUGAUUCCUGGUCCUACGCUGAAGCCUGAGGAGGAGUUUGAGGAUCUGCAUUAUCAGGUACCAAAGCCAAAGGCAGUGCAGUGGUACAAGUAAUUCUGAAUGUGGUGCCUUACUCCAUCCAACACAGAUCCACUCUGUACAGACUGAUUCCCAAUAAUUAAAAUAAAUAUUGCUGUAUUUAUAAAAAAAAAAAACUUUGGUUGUUGCUUUUUUUUAUUCGCAUUUGGCACUCUCAAAUAACUGUACAUGCACAUAUAGACUUGUUAUACGCGGUAAUCAACAUGGUGUUACUUUCAAUAAACAUGGAACUUGAUGAA